GACUAGGGACUUUGCGGGAACGCUUUGCGGGAGUCCCGCCUAUGCAGCUCCGGAGAUAAUUGCGAGGAAGCGAUAUGGACCCAAGGUGGACGUUUGGAGCAUUGGUGUCAAUGCAUACGCCAUGCUGACUGGAACUCUUCCCUUCAUAGUCGAGCCGUUUAAUCUUCGGAAACUCUUGUCGAAGAUCCAGAAAGCAGACAUGGGACCACUGCCCUCUGGUCUGUCAUCAGACUGUAAGAGUUUUGUCCGUUAUCUUCUCGAACCUGACCCGGAGAAGAGACCAACGGUUUAUGACGUCUUGUGUCAUCCUUGGUUGGCAGGUGUCUACGAGCCUCUCCGCUCUUUAAGCCCUACAGCAUCAAACCACGCCCUCACCCCCACUCCUCCACCUACCCCUUGCUCUCCAGGACGAAGGCUCAGUCGCAUGUUGCUCGAUCACGACAUCAUCAGCUACAUCCGGGAAACGCUUGGGAUCAAAUCGACGCACGUCAGCGAGUCGGUGCUUGCAGGGCGCGCCGACGAAUACUCUGCGAUUUACUAUCUCCUGGCCAAGCAACGCGAGCGGGACGAGGUGCCAAAAAUUGCCCAGAGACUGCAGGAGAACUGGGAAACCUUUCGAGUGUGUUCCCGUCAGGAUGAUGGGGAGGAAGAUGAUCUUGGUCACGGAGGUGAUGGGGUGAAUGAGGCCGGGCAUACGAAGAAGAAUCGAGGAGGGUCUCCAAGACAAGGAAGUUUGACGAAUGAUUUCGAUGAUGACGAGAAAAAGAAGGAGGUGGCGGCAGAGACUGCUCUUCAGAUGGCUGGCAAGAAGAAUGGUAGUUUCCACUUCAAGAUGGCCAUGGUAAUUGAAGAGGAGGCUGAGAGAGCUGCACGAUCACCAAAUGAUAUCCCACCAAGCCCAAAAGAAACAGAAACUAGCGCCAUCUAUCGCGAGGUUCUUGGUGAGAUGCCGCCGGAACUACCAUCACCAUCGUCACCCGCUAAGUCCAUAUCUUCUAAAGACGGACAACGCAUAGCGACACCGUUCAGUCAUCAACCGAGUGACAGACAUGAGAAUUUUAGUUCAGUUAACGACAGUCGCAUCACAAGUGCAGCUAGUGGCAACCCAUGGCUCAUUAUGCUUGGGCGAGAAAGGACAACGAGUACAAUUCGGUCUGGCAUCAGUGGUCUUGAUACGAACAGAAAUGCCCACCAAUCCGGUGUGACAACAGCGUGCUUUCGAGAAGAGCAAGUGAAGAAGAAGCACGAAAAGGUCAAUCACAUGAUUCGGACUGGGAGAAAUGUAGAGUCGUCUGCGAAACGCGGGAGUGUGAAUGGACGGGUUUCUCUAUCUACCGGUAGGGCACUCAAGUUAACUUACCAGCAGUCAACCGAUCCAACCGUGACGACAUUUGUGAAUCAUUUCCGACACAACCAUCUUCCCGAUCGACUUACAAGACGAUCGAAUCUUAAGAAUUCUCUCAUCGCGGACAUGACUGUAGGAGGUCAAAAUGGACAUCUAAAUACACCCAAGUCCGUCACAUUUCGAAGGAACAAAUAUACUUUAGAGGCUGAUACAAGACUGCGGGAAACUGUCAUAAAAGCAUCUGUUGCAAACACAACCGGCGUACAAGAACAUACAACGACAAAAGCUGGAAUUACCAAUGGCCGUAGCGAUAGAAAGCAGGAAGAAGCCAUCAGGGUUUACCGUUCUACGCGUAAAACAGCAGUUCCUCGCGAUUUCUCGGAGAACCGUCGGCAAAGGCGAAUUCAGAACCCAGUCAAACGUAAACCUGUUGGUAGACCCCCGGUGACACUGUCCCGCAAACCUAUCAGAAACAGCAAGGGGAGAAUAAAUCCAACCACUCUACAGAAACAAGAAAGAUCCGCUGCGACAACAACUGCGACGAUGUCAGGACGACCGAGCACAUCGAGCUUGCAGGAUGAGCAGAAUUGUAUUGCAGAGGCGACAGUAAAGGGUAUUUGUAGUUGUUCGAGGGCGAAAGACAUUCGAAAUGCCGCCAGUUCGAAGAAUGUUGGCAACGACGUGACAAAUUUCCCGAGGAGGUUCUCAACUAGUGACGAAGGAUACGACACCACUCACUCAAUAGACGGCGACUCCAACAAGAAAUUACCCGAUAUAGCACCACCAAUUCUGAGUCUUUCUCCAAGAUGCCUGUCAGAAGCCGAAAAGGUGACUCUGUCGAAAACAAUGAAAACUCUGAAACUUGGAAACACGGAAAGAACAAGUAUUCAGAUAUCAUAAUCUUAUGGAUAAAACUGAUCGAAAUUGGACGAUAAUUAUAAUAUGAUAGAGAUUGCUGUGGCGUUUUAGCAUCAGUGGUAUUUAUCGUGUCAUGUUAUGAGAAGGAUCGAAAGUAUUAUACAUGAAACAUUUUCCCCAAAUUUAGCUCCUGGGAAUUCUGUUUAAAGUGCUGAAUAAUAAAAGAAUGAUGAUAAAAUAUGAAUGAAAAUGCGGUGAAAUAAAUUGAUA